AUGCAAGCCUUCAAUGAGAUUCAGUGUAGCCAAGCGGGGAUCUACCGCAUGAGUAUGGAAGACAUGCUCUACAACAAACCGAGGAAAGUGGAGAAGAAGGUGUUCUCGGAUGCCGCGCUCAUGAGAGCAAAGAAAGUGAGCAAGCUAGUGGAGAAGUUCGAGUCGGGAGUUCUUGACAAGACUCUCGACACACCGGAGAAAAAGGAGAAGGACGAAGUGAUUGUGCCGUCGGUUGUCGUCGAGUCGCCACGAUCAGUGCUUGCUCGGCGACUUCAAACCGUUGAACUCAGCCCAGUUCUCGGCGAACAGCGUCCACCUGUCCCAAAGCAGAGAACAUUCUCAUUGAAAUCGAGGUAUGACGAUUUUCCUUCCUUCAAUUAACGCAAAAAAUAAAAAACUCUAAUUUCAGCAGGGAAGCUCGUUCGAAAACGCCAGAGAGCCGGGUUUGCAACGAAAACUUUGUGCCCGAAUUGGUGGAAACUCCCAUCCUGAGAACUCUCGCAAAACCGUUCUCGGGAAGCAACAUCUUUGCAUCGGAGCGCAUCGCCAGCAGGAACAAGUACUUCGGAAAGAAGACGGAUUCGAUUGUCACGCCAAGCAGCAGUGCGACCCCGAGUACCGACAACGGCAGCAGGAAGAAUUCGCCCGAUUACUGCCAUGAGUUCACCGGAUCCUCCUCGACUUCUUCCAAUGAGGAAAAAUCGAAUCUUCAAUAUCAGCAAGCACGCGAAGAGAUGCACCAGAAACUGAAGGAAUGCUCCGAGUGGCAACCAGAUAGUGAGUUUUACUAAUAACCAGUGCUCGGGCAAAAGACCGGCACAAGCUGUUCAAAAGUGUGUCGAGGCCCGGUCUUUUCCAAACUUUCCCAGGCUUAUUUAGUCAUUUUCAGCUCUCCGAACAGUUGCAGUGGCUGUGGCUAAGAUGAGAAACGAUGUUCUCAGCGGAAUUCCGCAGAACGAGUACACGACCGUUCUAUUGAAGCUCUACCAAACGUGCAUCAACUCGAAGAAUCUUCACAUCGAAACGAUCUGCUGCUCGCUCAUCUCACUCAUGGACAAUGUGCGCAAAAAGGAAAUGUCGAGUCACGAAAAGUACAUCGCCGAGAAGUACUUCAAGCGAAAGACGCGACUGGAUCUCUGGGAUCGUUGUUGA